AUGACAUUUGCAAAUCAGAGUUUGGAGCAGUUGAACGACAUUACGUCAAAGGAUGGACCUGAGGCACCACCGAGGAAAAAAGAAGAUCACGGAACCAUUCGAAAGAAGCUACAAGACGCUGGUGUAUUGAAAGUGUUGGAAGACGAAGGUUUAGUGCCACUUAUUGAGUUCACGGACGGUUCUGGGAUAUCAGGACAAUACGUCGCUCGACUUCUGCCUGAUGCAAACUACGGUCAAAGUGUCAUUGAGGAACUCGAGCAAGAUGUCAAGUUAAAACUAGACACGCGAUUCUGCACCGACGACUACAGUUUAUCAGGGAUUGGUCGAUGGGGGUUGGAUCAUCUUGAUGAUGUUCCAAGCAAUUCCAAGUUUCAUUGCUGGGGCGAUGGAAAUGGAAUAGAUGUAUAUGUGGUAGACACGGGCAUCAAUCCAAACCACGAAGAUUUCACAGGGAGAGUUACCAUUGGCUGGCCUACAUCUACAAGUGUUGACGCCUGUGGUCAUGGUACCCACGUGGCCGGUAUCAUCGCGGGAACCAAUUCUGGCGUGGCAAAGCGUGCUAAAAUCAUUUCCGUGAAGGCUAGUUUCAGUAACUAUGGUUCUUGCGUAGACUUGCACGCCCCGGGGGUGGAUAUCGGAUCUGCUGACUACCAAAGAAACUCUGGAUACGUUAAAAUGAGUGGCACCUCCAUGGCAGCCCCGUUUGUGACUGGCGCCGUGGCUGCUUUGUUACAGGUCCAUAGAGAUGGAGGGGAUUUCAGCUUACCCUGUCCCCCGGUCAUCUACACCGCGAAAAAGGUCAUAAGUUUAGCAAAAGACGGCUGGCCUACAUCUACAAGUGUUGACGACUGUGGUCAUGGUACUCACGUGGCCGGUAUCAUCGCGGGAACCAAUUCUGGCGUGGCAAAGCGUGCUAAAAUCAUUUCCGUGAAGUCUCUGAACGACGCAGUCGAUGAUCUACUCGCUGCUGGAAUCCCCGUAAUUGUUUCAGCUGGUAAUUACAAUGAAGACGCUUGCAAUUACUCUCCAGCCAGUGCGACCGGUGCACUCACUGUUGGGGCGUAUGAUGUCUAUUACGGUAAGGCUAGUUUCAGUAACUAUGGUUCUUGCGUAGACUUGCACGCCCCGGGGGUGGAUAUCGGAUCUGCUGACUACCAAAAAAACUCUGGAUACGUUAAAAUGAGUGGCACCUCCAUGGCAGCCCCGUUUGUGACCGGCGCCGUGGCUGCCUUGUUGCAGGUCCUCAGAGAUGGAGGGGAUAUCAACUCACCCUGUCCCCCCGCCGUCAAUUCCGCGAACCAUUACAUCAAAGCUAUGGCAAAAGACGGUAAACUUUCCGGGGUCAAUGAAGCCAAUAAGGUUUUAUAUACUCCAUGCCUCUGA